GAAGAAAAGAAUUGAUCUUUAGUUGGAGAACAAAAGAAGAUGGGGGAAGAAACAGAAGAGCGUCAACAAGAAUCAAUUCCAAACCCUACUCCAGAUCGCAUUACAGCAGCCCAAUUUCUCAACUGGAAGCGCCAAAAGAACGCUGAUGCAUCAGCUAAAAAGGCUGAAGUGGCUAGAAAGCGUGCAGAGGAUAUAGCUGCAGGGAUAGUGCAGAUGAAUGGUCGUGAACUUUUCCAGCACGAGCCAUGGGUGUUUGAUAAUUCCCUUUACUGAUGCUGUUUUCCAGUAUAAGUAUCUUCUAAUUAUGUCCGACUGAUAUUUACUAUAAACUUUGUAAGAAAAGCUGAAAUUGUAUAUUGUUGUUUAGUGUAAGGACAUCACGAGUUGCUUGAAUCGAGUCUUA